CAUAAACUUAAGUUAAAAUAAAACAUUUAAAAGAAAAAUUCACGCUAUAACAUUUCAUUUAGGAGUGUUUCAAUUCGUUCUCGCAAUCAUUUAUAUACAUAAGAUUAAUAUGAAGCAGAACGUUAUAUUCUUUGUCCUUUUUGCAAGUUUUAUUUUGAUUUGUGGAAUUAAUACUAGACACGAAAGGGAGAUUAAUGACCGUAAUGCACCGGAACGGCCAAUCAUUAACAGCGAACAGAAAGUGGUCCAGGAGCACAGCUCAACUGUUGAAACAAUUACUAAAACAGCUUUUCGGAAGAGGUUCAGGCGAAGACCACCAGCUAUUGCGUUUCAAGCCGUGCUGAAAAAGAAAUCAUUGGUAUUGCAAACAAACGAACCAAUCACGUUUGACCGUGUCUUUACCAACGAAGGAGAGGGUUACGACGAGAAAACGGGAAUAUUUACUGCGCCGGUGGGAGGGUUAUAUGUGUUCAGUGCGACCAUUUUAGCCGGGAAUGGUUAUUAUACUGAAGGGUCCAUUGUUGUGAAGGAUAACACUAUCGUUACAGCUGUGAGUGAUCGCAGAACGUUGAAGGAAACACAAAUAGACAUAGCGGACCAAAGCACAGUUACAUGCAAUUUGAAAACUCAGAAAGGGGACACUGUAAAAUUUAUGAUAAAGUGGCCCAUGGGUCAGCACGAGAUAAUAGGCCAUGGGAAGACAAGUUUUGGAGGAUAUCUAUUUAGAGCAUAUCCUUAAUAAGCUCGUUUAGUCGCGGGUUUCUGUCAAAGUUUAGUCCCACAUUGUCAAUUUACGCCUUAUCAAAUAUUAUUCUAGGAAAAAGUGAAACAUUGCAUUCCAAGACAAAUAGUUGAAUAUGUUUCCUACUUUAUUGAUAUAUUGUAUAUUUAAAUUACCAAGUCAAUUUUAUUGCAUUUUAGUACUUGAUUUUUUUUUAAUUUUGUAAAUGAUUUAGUUGAUCAGCGAUUUUUGGUCGUAACAACUCAUAGCUAGUAUAUGGAAGGUCUUAUUGCAUCGACCUUGAAUAAAAUGCUAUAAAACAAAUUAUUUAUCUUAUCACUCCUCCUUUCUAUAGAACAUAUUAUAUAAUAGAAACGCAAGGCCGACACUAUCGACUAUCACCCCGAACUUUCACCCUCUGUCGCACUGUUCCUCUGACGUCAUAAAAUUGACAUUUUUAAGCUUUUGUUCGGUAUAUAUAAUAGAUAUUGACUUACAAUAAUGUCAACUUCGGCUUUGCCUCGGUCGACAGUAUUUACCCAAGGUUGACAAUGUGCACUGUCACUCUCAAUGCACUCAAUAGUUAUAAAAUAUAACAAUUUUGUUUUCAAAUCACUGUUUAUAGAAAAUUAAAGUCAGUAAAUUUAAUACACAAUUAGAUCAACGGUUUUUCGUUACAUUCUUUAAAUCUCAUGUUAUGUUAUAUUUUGUAUUAAAUUUUGCAUUACCUGGUUUAUUUUUUGUAUUAAUCUAGAAAACUUAUAUUUAUACUUGUUAAAGCGUUUACUUUGCAUCAGCUUAAAACGAGUAGUGUUGUUGUCAUAAUAAAUUAUGAUAGUUUGACAUAAAAAGGCCUGUAUUAACUGCGUAGAACGAGCAUGUCCUUCUUGUCGAAUGAUAGAAUAAUAGU